AAAUUACCGCGUGUAACAUUACUGCUUUACCGCGAACCCUUACAGCGACAAAACAUAAGCAUUGCAAAUGUAGAAGACCUGAUUUCCUGAACCGCCGCAGUCACUCGACCAAGCUUGGAGCGUCCGAGAAAAGGAAAAAAAAAAAAAAACCAUUUCCCGAAACCCAAUUGUUGUUCCAAACAAAGCAAAGAGAGACAAAUGGAAGUGGAAGGUUCAUCGAAGAAGAUGAUAGCAACCCAAGCAGAGAUGGUGGAGAACAGGGUACCCAUCCCAUAUCGAGACCAAUGCGCUCACCUUCUCAUCCCACUCAACAAGUGUCGCCAAGCCGAGUUUUACUUACCUUGGAAAUGCGAGAUCGAACGCCACGCCUAUGAGAAGUGCGAGUACGAGCUCGUCAUGGAGCGGAUGCUGCAGAUGCAGAAGAUCCGUGAAGAAGAGGCCAAAUUGAAACAGGCUGGGAAACAAGGCGGCUCUAUUCCUCUUAUUCCUAAAACUGCUAAUGCGUAAAGUACCUCCAUGGAAGGUUUUGAUAGCUUUGGUGGAUGUUUGAUGUUUGUCACCAUUAUCCGAGGGAAAUUUGGAACUUUUUGUCCUGGACUACUGUAAAGGAUACAAUUUCUUUUCUGAUCUUUCAUCGGCUCAUCAACCUUGUUUAUGGAAUAAAGUUGCCAAUCAAAGUUGACAUGAUUUUUUCACAUAUUUUGUAAAGAUGAUCUCAACUAGCCUACUAGGCAACUAUGCCUCAGAUUGAUGAAGUUAAUCGGAACAGAUGUUACAAUGGAACUGCAUAACCAGCUUAUUAUGUUUCAAAUGAGAAAUAUGCAAUAAUUUAUAGAUAGAUUGCGACAA